AUGCUCUCAUGGACUUCCGACAUCUGGUUGGCGCUCUUCCUCCCUCUCGCUAUCGCGCUCGUCGCUUGGCGUCUUUUUUUCUUGCCCAACAGCUGGACGGAGAUUCUUGACCUCCUCAGCCUCAAAUCCCUUGACCCAAACGACUCUCCCCCAUUUUCUGCCGUCCGAGCACGCAACGCGUUUGCUCGCUAUCGCCAACUAUCUGCCCUCGACGCUUCCCAUCUACACGCCUCAUAUAGCAGCAUUAGCCGCGCACACAAGCGCAUAGGCUAUGACCUAGGCUACCCCGCGAAAUUGACCCGUCUGGCCAAAGCCACGGACGCCAAUGGGAGAGUCACUGAUUCUAUCGCCCGGCUGGCUGAAGGAGACUUCCAAUUGGACUUACCACCACGCGGGGGGACGUCGAGCGACUUGAUGCGCGUGAAGGAAGCGUUGAAGCAUUUUAUUCGAAACUGGAGCGCGGACGGGCUUUCUGAGCGGACAAAGAUAUUCACUCCAAUACUCGAGGUGUUAAAACGAGACGAAAAAUGCGCCGAGAAGCGUGUGCUGGUGCCUGGAGCUGGUCUGGGGCGGCUUGCCUGGGACAUCUCUCAGUUGGGAUUUCUUGAAACUAGUGCCAAUGAGCUUUCCUAUUUCAUGAUACUCGCCUUCCGCUUCCUACUCUCUCCUUCGACGACAUCACAAAUCAACCAGCACACUAUCCAUCCAUACGCCCAAUGGUUCUCUCACCAGCGCACGACGGACUCCCUGUUUCGCGCAAUGUCCUUCCCUGAUGCAAUACCGCGGCUUUCCCGCCGCUUCAAGCUGGUCGAGCAGGACUUUCUAACGCUCCGCGAAACCGACGGCUACGACUACAUCGUCACGCUCUUCUUCAUCGACACUUCGCUCAAUAUCCUCACCACCCUCGAACAAAUCCACCGUUUGCUUCGUCCCGGGGGCACCUGGCUCAACUUGGGGCCGCUGUUGUGGACAAGUGGAGGGCAGGCAAAACUGGAGUUAAGCUUGGAGGAGAUGGUCCAAGCGGCGGAGCACGUUGGCUUUGUCUUUGAGCCAAGGGAGGAUGGUUUGAAAACAAGGACGGUCGAGUGUGAAUAUACCGCAGACUCGCGCGCCAUGAUGAGGUGGUUGUACCAAGCAGAAUUUUGGGUAGCACGCAAGUCGUCGUAG